AUGGCUGAGCAAGUCGUCCCCACCUUCAAGCUCGUCCUCGUCGGUGACGGUGGUACUGGAAAGGCAAGAGGAUCAAAGACCGCCAAUCCGUCAUCGCUAACACUCUUCCUCCCGCCACAGACCACCUUCGUCAAGCGCCAUCUGACUGGCGAGUUCGAGAAGAAGUACAUUGCCACUCUCGGUGUCGAAGUGCAUCCUCUCAAUUUCAGCACCAACCUUGGUUCCAUCCAGUUCGACGUGUGGGAUACCGCUGGUCAGGAGAAGUUCGGUGGUCUCCGCGAUGGUUACUAUAUCAACGGCCAGUGCGGUAUCAUCAUGUUCGAUGUCACCUCCCGUAUCACCUACAAGAACGUCCCCAACUGGCACCGUGACCUCGUCCGUGUCUGCGAGAACAUCCCCAUCGUGCUCUGCGGUAACAAGGUCGACGUUAAGGAGCGUAAGGUGAAGGCCAAGACCAUCACCUUCCACCGCAAGAAGAACUUGCAGUACUACGAUAUCUCCGCCAAGUCGAACUACAACUUCGAGAAGCCCUUCCUCUGGCUCGCCCGCAAGCUGGUCGGCAAUGCCUCUCUUGAAUUCGUUGCCGCUCCCGCUCUGGCUCCUCCUGAGGUCCAGGUCAACCCCGAGCUCAUGGCCGAGUACGAGAAGCAGAUGAACGACGCCGCGCAGAUGCCCCUGCCCGACGAGGAAGACGCCGACCUGUAA